AUGGAUGUUCUUAACAAAGAUUGCUUGCAACAUAUUUUCCUCAACCUCGAUUUCAUCGAUAGAGUAAAAUUGGAGAAUGUUUGUAAGGCAUGGUAUUCUGUUCUCCAGUUGCAAUCCACAUUUUCUGACACAAAACAACUGGAUAUCUCGAAAUUCUUGACAACAUCUUCGACUGAAUACUAUCCACAGGUAGUCGUUCUCAAUUUCAACCAUGUAAUGGAAACUUCAUUUCAGGAAAGUCUGAACUUCGUACCCACAGUGUUAGGAGUCAUAGAAAGAUGUGGGAAGUAUGUGAGAGAAAUAACUUUUGGGCAGCGAUGGCUCAAAAUAUCACAGCCUGUCAUUGACUGCAUAGCAGUAAACUGUCCCAGACUACGAGUUAUUGAUUUUGGAGCAACAAUUUUGAAUGCUGAUUUGGAGCCCUUACUGGAAAACGUAGCAGAUCAUUUAGAAGAACUAUCCCUUGAAGAAACGUCUUGGGUGGAUAUAGAAAACGGACGGAAGAUCCAGUUAUUUUUCAAGAGGAUGAAGAAAUUGAAAAAACUAAAUCUCAGAUCUGCCAUGUUUAUGCUGGACAGGAUAGACGAGAUCCCUCCACAAUUAGAAGAACUGAGUAUCAGCGGAGCGCACCGUAUCCCACCCGAGACGUUUGAGAACUUCUUGGAAAAACAGAAACAUUUGAGAAUUUUGGAUUUAUCUCCGAUCCCAGCCCUCUCUGAAGGGGUACUGGACUCAAUCGGAAAUUUACCUUCACUCCAGAAGUUUAAUAUAGGCUUCAGUGAUCAGAUUCUCUUCGACUAUGAUCCGUUGAUGAGACUGACUCAUUUAACGGAAUUACGUUUAGUGAGCAUCGCUGGAUUGACAGAAACUUGUCUCCACUUGGUUUUAUCUUGUCUUCCUCAACUGCAAGCACUUUCAAUCAAAAAAUGCACAAACAUUAGAGAAUAUACAGCCCUCGGAUUUUGUAAACAGCUCACUGAGCUGGAAAUAGCCGAUACAAUCUCAUUAUCGGACGAAGAUCACUACAGAUUAUGUACGUAUGGAAAGUUGAAACAGCUUACAUUCAUAAACUGUUUCAAUAUUUCAACCAGAGGAGUUAACAGCGCUCUGACAAGAUGCCAACUAGAAUCGAUAACAAUAAACCGAUGUUCGCUAGUUACUGAUGAAAUGAUGUACAUGCUGGCAUCUACACAAAGAGAAAUAAAAAAUGUCUCUUUGCAAGGCUGCAGUGGAAUAACAAGCAAAGGCGUAUCAGCUCUGGCGUGGCUUCGUAAUGUACUAGAACUCAGAGAAAUCGAUGUGUCUCGAAAUAAGAACGUGAAUGAUGCGGUUGUCUUGAAUCUCCACAAUGCUCUAACCAUGGCAUAUAGACGCAAAGAAGGCCACAUAAAUGGAGCCUUCGAUGAGGACAGCAUAUGUCAACAAGAGGAUCGAAGGAAACUGCUGAUGUACAUAAGUGAAACAAGUAUCUCUCAUGAGGUGCAGAAGGAAGUGGAAGACUUACUCAUCUUAUCCUAG